GCGGGGGGGGGGGACAUGGACGGCGGCCGCCGCGGGACACAAAGGACGGCGGCGGCGGCGGCGGGGAGGCGGCGGCGGGCGUUGCGGCGCGGGGCCAUGGCGGCGGCCGCGGUGGGGCCGGGCAUCGGCGGCGGCGCCGGCGGCCCGCGGUACAGCCUGCUGGCCGAGAUCGGCCGCGGCGCCUACGGCGUGGUGUACGAGGCGGUGUCGGGCCGCAGUGGAGCGCGGCUGGCGGUGAAGCGGAUCCGCUGCGACGCCCCCGAGAACGUGGAGCUGGCGCUGGCCGAGUUCUGGGCCCUAACGAGCCUCCGGCGGCAGCACCCGAACGUGGUGCGGUUCGAGGAGUGCGUGCUGCAGCGGCACGGCCUGGGGCAGCGCAUGAGCCACGGCAACAAGCGCAGCCAGCUCUACCUGCGCCUCGUCGAGACCUCCCUCAAAGGUGAGAGGAUCCUGGGCUACGCAGAGGAGCCUUGCUACCUGUGGUUCGUCAUGGAGUUCUGUGAAGGGGGAGACCUCAACCAGUACGUGCUCUCCCGAAGACCCGACCCGGCGACCAACAAGAGCUUCAUGCUGCAGCUGACCAGCGCCAUUGCCUUCCUGCACAAGAACCACAUCGUCCACCGGGACCUGAAACCAGACAACAUCCUGAUAACAGAGAAGUCUGGCACCCCUGUGCUCAAGGUGGCCGACUUCGGGCUGAGCAAGGUCUGCGCUGGCCUGACUGCUCGGGGCAAGGAGGGUGGGCACGAGAACAAAAAUGUGAAUGUGAACAAGUACUGGCUGUCCUCGGCCUGUGGCUCUGAUUUCUACAUGGCGCCUGAGGUCUGGGAAGGACACUACACUGCCAAGGCUGACAUCUUCGCCCUCGGCAUCAUCAUCUGGGCCAUGAUUGAGAGGAUCACUUUCAUUGACGCCGAGACCAAGAAGGAGCUGCUGGGGACCUACAUCAAGCAGGGGACCGAGAUUGUGCCCGUUGGGGAAGCGCUGCUAGAAAACCCAAAGAUGGAGCUGCACAUCCCUCAGAAACGCAGGACUUCCAUGUCUGAGGGGAUCAAGCAGCUCUUGAAAGACAUGUUGGCUGCUAACCCACAGGAUCGACCUGAUGCCUUUGAGCUUGAAACCAGAAUGGACCAGGUUACAUGUGCUGCUUAAAUUCAGGGCAGGGCACUGCUGUGCUUUGCAGCUGGGUUUAUUUACCAGGGACCCAUAAUCUCCGUUAUUUACAUGCAACGAGGAAGUCAAAGAUAAGGGAAGAUGAUAAUACAGAAGAUCUCUGGCAAUGUGAAA